AAUCCAGCGAUAUGUGCAUCAAAUGCUUGACAGCGUUGCUACUCGUUUUUUCAUUCCUUUGCGGACUUGGGAGUGGAAAUUAUUGCAGUCUAUCCGACUGCGGGCGGAAUAAUCUGGCCUGCGACAAUGACGGCAAAUUCAACCCAAAAUGUCUGCCCGAUACCAGAAUUGUACCCAUGAAAAUCCACCGGAAGUCCCUGUUGAGUGCCUUCAAUAAGUUCCGCAACAGUGUCGCCAGUGGGCAGAAGAAGCUCAGGCCAGCCGCCCGCAUGUCCAGUAUGAGUUGGUCCAUGGAACUGGAGUACAUGGCCAAGUUGACACUUUUGUCCUGCAGCAUGGAGAACUAUUGCCUGAGUACGAAGAAUUUCUAUUAUGUUGGGUCCAUCUUCGAUGCGCUCAAAUACGCAGGGAAGAUGGACCCGGACGAGAUUCCAGAUUAUAUAAUAAUAACAAAACUAAUCGACGGUUGGAUGGACAGGCUGGCGGAUAUCUCCUUGGGGAUGGUCAUCUCAAUGCCGGACAAACUUGGAGACAUAAAAGUCGCCAAUGCCGCUCUUCUCAUUUCGGAGGCGAAUACCCAUGUGGGUUGUAAGGGGAUGCGCUUCACCUUGAGCUACUUCCACCAUUUCGUGCUCGUCUGCGCCUUCAGCACGGAUGUCCUCAUCAACCGAAGCCUCUACAAACUGACAGCCAGGCCGGGCAGUGCCUGCAAGCGUCGGGACUCCACAUAUCCUGCGCUCUGUGCUCCCGGGGAGAUAUACCACAAUGACAGGCAGAUACCCAAUGCAACGCUCCUCAGGCCGUAUGGUAAAGCCAAGAUGCGGGAUCCGGACCAGGAGACCUUUAACAGUUACAAUUUUUACAAUUACGGCCGUACUUUAAAUUUGAAAUUCAAUCUAUGAGUAUUUGGUGGAUUACAGUUUGGGAGUGCUUUUUUCCGGCUGCCUGCUGGCUAGACAAAAGGACACGCCCCAAAAAGAGGGGACAAGCGGGAGAGUGCAGGAAACAUAGCCCAAUAAAAUCAGCGCACAAAA